CUCACUUCGCGUCAGGCAGCAAAGUGUCCGGGUACACACAGGGAGACCGUAUUAAGGGCGCUGUUAGAACGUCCGUGAGAGUUAAAAGCAGAAGCUGCAACCGUCUGUUUCGAAACUGGAGGAUUCGUGCAAGAGGAAGAAGUGGAUGUUUUUGAAGUAAAAGGUAAUCUCUACAAACUUGGGUUCAUCAACCAAUGGAAAGCAAGUUUGCAUCAUUCCAAGGCAUAUGGGCAGAGUAAUAUAAAGAAGGGGACGCGGUAACUGGUCAACAUGGCAUCCGAUGCAAGCCAUAUGCUGGAGGCGGCCUUGGAGCAAAUGGACGACAUUAUCGCAGGGUCCAAGGCUGCGGCAGAGUUCAGCAAUGGCGUCUUUGAGCUAGGCUCCCCAGGAUACGCGAGCCCCCGGCAGGUGCUGCAGCUGGCCGAGGACCUGCGGACUGCCCUGGAGCUGCAGGCCAGUGAGGAGGACAAGGACUCCCUGAGAAGCCAGGUCCCCAGCUCCACCGCGCAGAUCCUGAUGGGCUGGCUGGAGAGGGGCACGGUGAGUACCCAUGAACCUGUAAACCUUCGGUCCCCAGUGAACAAUGAGACUUAUCAAGAACGUCUGGCACGUUUAGAGGGUGACAAAGAGUCACUGGUUCUCCAGGUGAGUGUGCUCACAGACCAGGUCGAGGCCCAAGGGGAAAAGAUCAGAGACCUGGAGAGCUCCCUGGAUGAGCACCACCACAAGCUCAACUCUACUGAGGAAAUGCUGCAGCAGGAGCUGCUGAGUCGAACGGCGCUGGAGACUCAGAAACUGGAUCUCAUGGAUGAGGUUUCCUACCUGAAACUGAAGCUGGUGGGCAUGGAGGAGGAGCAGAACGAUGGCGAGGACAAGCAGCACAAAGCAGAGUGUGUAGUAAAUCUGAUUAGUGAGCUCCAGGAGCAGAUGUGUAAGUUUCAACAGGAGAUCAGUACCAGAAUCCAGGAGAAAAAGGCCCUGGAGAAGCAGGCCGAUGCUAGCUCUUUGGAGCCCCACGAGAGCCCAGAUGCAGGCCUCGGCAGCUCCGACACUGAGGACUGCUAUCGCUGUAGAGAAGACAACGGUCUGCUGCAGGAAUUAAGAUUGCUGAAGAAUAAAGUGGAUGAGCUAGAAGGGGAGAAAUCCCAGUAUGAGAGAAAGCUCAAGGCCACAAAGGCUGAGAUUGCUGAGCUACAGCAACUUCUGGCUGCAAAAGAUGCUGAAAUUGAGAGUUUGCAGAGUCAGCUCUUAUCCAGAGGUCCUGUGUCUAAAGACACCGCCGAAAGAGAUCAGGAACUGCAAAGGCUCAAAAUGGGAAUGGAGUCAUUGUUAGUAGCAAAUGAUGAAAAGGACCGCCGCAUAGAGGAACUCACAAUCCUCUUAAGCCAGUACAGAAAGAUAAAGGAAGUCAUGGCACUAGCUCAAGUGUCCAGUGAAAAGAUGCUGUCGGGCAGCAGCGAGGAGGAACUAAGUGGCAGCCUGAAGAUGAGGGCCCUCACUCACAAAGCUCACUCUGACAUAAUGAGAUCAGAGAUGUCCUCCAGAGGCUCCUCACCCCUCCUGGUCUCCCCGUCAUCAGUGCAGAAGGAUUUGGUCUCCAGGACUGCGCAGAUGUCCCCUGAGACUGCCGUCUCCCCUGGCGACGCUGGCUUCCAGAAUGGACAGUGGACACAACCAAGGAUGCUGUCAAGCAGUUUGGAAGAGUUACAAAGUGGAUCCUUACAGAAGCAUGUAGUGGGGAAAGCAGUAGAACCUGUUGUAUCAGAGAAUCGUCAUAUAGAAAGCAACAAGUACCAAACUUUGCCAGGGAAGUUGUCACGAUCUGAGGAAAAUGAAGAGAGAGACAAAUUUUCAACACCAGUUCAAAAAUCACCAGAUGAGAGCGAAGACAGUGAAUUCAAUUUAAGGAAGACGGAAAAAAUGGACGACACAACAUCGUCCGAUCUCUCGCCUUUGUCAUCUGGAGUCGAUUCGGGGCAGCAGUCUCCCGUCUCCCCAGAGAAUAAAAAGAACCAGAAGGGCAUCAAGAAGUUUUGGGGAAAAAUAAGGAGAACCCAAUCAGGCAGCCUGCACGGGGACGACCUGGAGACCACAGAGUUUCGGAGGGGAGGGCUCCGAGCCACAGCCGGCCCGCGACUGGCCCGCACGAGUGAUGCUGGGAGUUCUGUGCGAGACAAGAAUACUCCCUUUUCCAAGUGGACGACGGAGCAGGUGUGUGGUUGGCUGGAGGACUAUGGUCUGGGGCAAUAUGUGAAUUUAGCCAGGCAGUGGGUCAAUGACGGUCAGACCCUUCUCUCUGCCACUCCCCAGGAUUUAGAAAAGGAAAUGGGGAUUAAGCAUCCCCUGCACAGGAAGAAGUUGCAGCUGGCGCUCCGCUCAUUCAGCACCAAAGUGAAGGAGACAUCAUCAGAACUGGAUCAUAUCUGGGUGACACGCUGGCUUGAUGAUAUUGGCUUACCUCAGUACAAGGACCAGUUCAAUGAGGGAAGGAUUGAUGGCAGGAUGCUUCAGUACUUGACAGUGAACGACCUUCUGUUUCUGAAAGUCACCAGUCAGCUCCAUCACCUCAGCAUCAAGUGUGCCAUCCACGUACUCCAUGUCAACAAGUUCAACCCCCACUGCCUGAAACGCAGGCCAGGGGAUGAGAACAAGACAUCCCCCUCAGAGGUGGUGCAGUGGUCUAACCACCGCGUGAUGGAGUGGCUGCGUUCGGUGGACCUGGCAGAGUACGCCCCCAACCUCAGGGGCAGCGGCGUGCAUGGUGGACUGAUAAUCCUAGAGCCACGCUUUAACUCAGACACAUUGGCCAUGCUCCUGAACAUCCCUCCGCAGAAGACCCUUCUGCGACGCCACCUGGCCACCAACUUCAACACGCUUGUGGGCCCUCAGGCCCAGCAGGAGAAGCGAGAGUACAUGGAGUCCUCCGGCUACGCCCCCCUGACCACUACUGCCAAAGUCCGGCCAAAGAAGUUGGGGUUCUCCAACUUUGGACACUUGAGAAAGAAGAAGCUGGAUGAUUCCACAGACUACAUUUGCCCCAUGGACCCAGCCCCAUCAGCCAUGAAUGGGGCCCACCGCCCCUAUUCGGGAUUCAGGGGACUGAGUCCCAUCUUUGACGCAGAGAGACUGGAGCAGGCGGUGAUCACAGAGGGAACGGUACUACAAAUAGAGGCACUCUCAGAAGGCAUAAACAACCUCACAUACUUGCUAAGCCACGACGAGGUGCUCAAGGAAUUGAGGCGUGGGCAAACGGCAACACUCUGAGGACUCGGGCUGAUAGCACACCGACUAGACCAAGGAAAACACCCAUACCUCAUUUUAACAAUGAAGCCUCCACCGGCAAUUUAGACAUUUUAUUAAUGUUCCUGUUCUGCGGAGGUGCCACAACAGUUUUCCCGCUUGAAAAUCAGCAUAUGAAGAAUUAUUGGGCAAGCGAAAAACGUAGGCUGCCCGAAGCUUUACAAAUGUCUGCUCGCGCGACUCCAGCUCCAGCUCAGCAACUGC